AUGGAGCAAGGAAACAAUUCAAGAGUGACUGAAUUUGUACUGCACAGUCUUUCAGGUUCUCGAGAGCUACAACUUUUCUAUUUUGCAUUUUUUACACUUUUCUAUUUAUCCGUUGUGCUGGGGAACCUCCUCAUUGUGCUCACAGUCAUCUCUGAACCUGCUCUACACACACCCAUGUACUUCCUACUCAGUAACCUCUCCUGCAUUGAUGUGUUUCUCUCCACCUUUGCCACACCCAAAAUGGUUGUUGACUUCCUUAUGGAGCAUAAGACCAUCUCUUUUGAAGGCUGCAUGACCCAGAUAUUCUUUCUGCAUGUCUUUGCUGGUGGUGAAAUGAUGCUCCUCGUGGCCAUGGCAUAUGAUAGAUAUGUAGCCAUACGUCGACCCUUGCAUUAUGCGACCAUCAUGAGUGUGCGCAAGUGCACAAGCCUUGUGAUGGGCUCCUGGCUCGUUGGGGUUCUGCACUCAGUAAGUCAGUUGGUCUUCACAGUAAACCUUCCAUUCUGUGGCCCCAAUAAAGUUGAUAGUUUUUUCUGUGACCUUCCCCUGGUUAUUAAACUUGCCUGCACUGAUACCUUUACUCUUGAGGUUCUGCUGCUUUCAGACAGCGGUCUAAUGGCCGCGAGCUCCUUUGUGCUCUUGCUGACCUCCUACAUGGUCAUUCUGGUUACUGUGCGACGACGUUCCUCAGAAGGCAUGUCCAAAGCAAGGGCCACUCUGACUGCCCACAUCACUGUAGUGACCCUCUUCUUUGGGCCCUGCAUCUUCAUUUAUGCCUGGCCUUUUAGCAACCUUCUAGUGGAUAAGGUUCUCUCGAUAUUUUAUACUGUUUUCACACCUCUCUUAAACCCCUUGAUCUACACCUUAAGAAAUAAGGAGGUAAUAUCAGCAAUGCGAAAACUGAGGAGUCGACAAGUGAGUUCCUGA